UGCAAAAGCAGAGCGCGCUACUGUACUUGCUGCCGCUUGUUCCCAUGGACGUUCUAAUAGACAAACCUGAAAUCAACUGUGUGGGUGCUCUGUCUGUAGGCCAGCUGUGGCGCUGUGAACGCGGUCGUAUUUGGUAACAAAAAGUAUAUGUUUCGUUGUUCAUCGCGGCGAAGUUAGUAUUGAAUUUGUUGGUUUACGUUGCUGUGCAUUCCAGAUAUUUCUCAAAUUGCAAACUCGCUUUGAGACAUCUCAAGUGGUAUUCAUCCGUAAUCUAUGGCGGGUGAAGUGGUUGUUGAUGCGUUACCCUACAUUGAUCAAGGUUACGAUGAACCCGGUGUUCGCGAAGCCGCAUUGGCUAUGGUCGACGAAGAAACUCGGAGGUACCGCCCAACUAAGAACUACUUGGAGAUCCUGCCUCCACUCAACUUAUCGUCAUUUGAAACCGAGAUCAUGCGAAGCGAGUUUGAGCGAAUGACUCAACGACAACCCAUGGAUGUACUCAGCAUGAAACGUUAUGAGCUGCCCCCGCCACCAGCAGGCAAAAUGACUGAUGUUGCUGCAUGGAACGAGUGUGUGGAAAAUUCUCUUGCCCAACUAGAACAUCAAGCAACGCGCAUCUGCAACUUGGAACUGAUGGUGGAGUUUGGGUGUGAGGCGUGGAAGAGCUACUUGGAGGUGCUGGUGCAACUUGUGACACAGGCGCAAAAACACUUGCAGCAGCUACGCAAACUGAUUCAGGAGACCAACUGGCAGCGCAAGAACAUGCAGACUCAAGGUGGAGAUAAGCUACGACAGCUUGAGGCCUCCUGGGUACAACUUGUCUCCAAGAACUAUGAAAUAGAGCAGGCAUGUGCACAGCUUGAGAAGGAGAUAGCAAAGUACAAACGGCCUGAUGAAGUGGCCACGCCAGUAUCAUGAAAAGAUUGAGCCUUUAAGGGGCUUGGAGGCUGAAGACAUUGUCAGAAGGUUGUUGGGGAGCAUUGAUUGCUUUGCGCCAUGUAUUAAUGUCAACCAAUUGUUUUGACAGGAGUGAAACUGUAUAUAAUUUGGCACUGAAAGUGUUAUGAUGAAUUUGAAAUUAUUUGGGUGGUAUUCUUGUAUUAUGGAAUGUGACUUCAGUUUUCUUGAAACUACAAAAGUAUUGUUUGCUCCCUGUUAAGCAAAGAUGUUCACCCAAAUCCCAUGCUUUAUCAUUAGUGAUAAAGUUCUGUGCACCAAGAAAGAUAAUGUGUGAAUUUAAGCUUAGAAAACUUUCUUUGAAGGCUUUCAUCAGGUAUACAUUUCAUUGUGCAAAACUUUUUGAGUGAACUGUUUUGAGAUCAGGAUAUGGUAUGGAUUAGAACUAAUUUGUAUCACCCAUAAAGUUUAUAUCACACUUUGGUAAAUUCUUGUGGAAUGAUGUAAUGAAAGAAACUACUAGAAUGUUCCAUUAAUGUGUGGAGAAAGAUAUGUGAUUCGGUACAUUGGCUGCAUUUAUCAAGAGUCCAAUUAUUUAUUUUGAAAUCAAGUCAUUGUUUUAUUGUUGAAUGUUGUAUGAAUGCCAUUGUUUCUGUAAAAAGUUAUUUUAUUGUGAAGUUUUUUUAAAAUAGAAUUUGUCUUAAUAUUGAAGAAAAAUGCAGAUAAUUUUCAAUAGGAAAGUCAUUUCAUUCUUUUGUGAUAAUGGAUCAGAAUAAAUUUUAAAUUUUUUAGUGAAGUAUGAAGUGCUUUUUUCCCCUCAAACAUGGUACUUGGAGUUAUUAAAGGCAGGAUUUAGAAUAAAUGCAUUGGUAAUUUGUAGAACAUUGAACAUUACAUCCUGCCAUGCAGUGUUCACAAUGUUUAGGCAUUCUGCACUUAUGAGCUGACAGUCUGCCCACAAGAGAGCCAAAAGUGCAAGUAGUAGGGGGUAGGAAGCUUUGCUGGGAGGGGAGAAGACUGACAUAGCAUGACACGACACAUAGAUUAAAUGUCAGGGCACCUAAUGCUGUAGAAUCAUUUUCUCACUCAUGGGUGACAACCAUCACAAAUCGGUGAUGUUCCAUUUUUUAAGCUUCACAAUUCUGUUUACAUUCUUCUGUACACUGCUGCUUAUGUAUGUAAUUUUUUGCUCUCUAUGUGCAUUGUAUGUGUUUUUUUAGUUGAUGUUUAUUCCGACUCUUAAGCAACAUAUUAAAGCAGUGGCCAUUUUAAAAAAUUUAUUAUUUCAUUAAACUAAUAAAAAUUUUGCAAUUUAAUAAGUGAUUAUUCACCUUGAAUGUUAUAAUCACCAUAUAAUAGCAAAAUGAAGAAAAUUAGGAGAGUAAGCUCUCACAUCAAUAUUGGCAUAAAAAUGGUGUAUCAGCAAUUUCAAGAAGGGUAAUGCCUAGAAGCAUAUAUAUUUGUGACCAUUGUCCUACAUUAUGAAUCUGAUGAUACCAAAGAGCAAACCUCUCUGAUAUUUUAGGGGCUAUCAUGAGAUUAGAAUGGGUCUUGUUAAAUAGAAUGCAAAGGGCUUAAUAUUUUUAUACCAUGUCAUAAAAGAUGAAUAAAUAAUUUCGGUUGAUUUGAUAUUAGAAAUAUAUAAUGAACUCUUCUCGGAAAUUAGAGCAGAAAAUAAUAAUAAUUUUUUUGAAGAAAAAUAUGUUUUAGCUUUGAGAGUACCAUCUUAUUCUAUUAAAUAUAGUCAAUGAAAAAAUAGUUCAUCACACAAUAACAAUUCAGCAUCAUAAUUUUGUAUUUAGCAAAACACUAUAUUUGUGAUUGUACCAUAGCAAAGCUAAUUACAUUAUCAGCCCUAAUAGCAAUAUACAAGAAAGACACAGGAUUAUAUGACCACAUCAACAAUUACAUUUGGUAUCCAAAUCAAAUAUGUCUGGCUUUGCAAAUGCUGGUUACUAAAACAUUUGUAUGUGUCUUGAUCCCCUCUGUCUUUCUUCAUAGCUCAAAAGUUUUUGUGCAAAAUUUGGGAGCAAUUGUUGUAGUGAAUAAGUUUUUGUGGAACAUUAAGUACACAUUAUUACAUACUUCUCUUGUUUUUGCAUGUCAAAGUGAAUUAGAAAUUUCAAUGUAGGGCACUGAUUAUGGUACACCUUCAGUGAAAGAGGAUUUAAUCAUUGUAGGUGUUCAAAGAGAUAGUGCACUACCUAGGGAGCCUAUUGCUACCUAGAGAUUGUGUAGCAAUUGUACUGCAAAAUAUCUUUAUUGAAAUUGAAAGCAAAUACAUCUUGGAGAAAAGAGAACAUUGAACUUGUGUAUGUCUGCGAACAAAACUAGGGCCAACAUUAAACUUGGGAUUUUCCCCGAAAAGAAUAUUUCCUGAGGAAUCUGGCCCCUCAAUUAGCCUUGCAGGAAAUGAAUCAAUCUUUUAAUCUUGAGGGAGAAAUUACUUAGCCUGUAGGGCCCUUUCAAAUUUUUUUAGAACACUGCUUAAUCAUUUUUCUUUUUCAUACAUGCAGUAUUGAGAAAGUAUUUUAUUGUUACAGGAAAAUGUACAGAGUUUUUCAUACAUAAACACAUUUUCUAUUUUAACUUUUUCAAACUCCUUUAAGUGGUCUUUUCCUGUUAGUGCUGCAUUAGUGUGUCACGAGUAUAAGAAUUCAGAAUGUUAUGUUUCUGAAUGGGCGUAUGUAAUUUUCAUUUAAUCAGGUCCAUGUAGAGUAAUGGAUAUCUGAGACAACUAAUGGGAUAAACAAUAUUUUCUAGAUCAUAUAUGGGUACAAAAUCUUUCCAAUUUCGUAUUGUAAUCUUUUUUUAUGCAUUUUGUUAGAUCAUUUUCCAUUAUGUUAAUUGUGGAUAUAGGAGGAAAUACUUUUCAAGGGAUCUGGGGGGAAGGUAUCUGUGGUAUUUUGCAUACUGUGUCUAAAAUGUGCAAGGCAUUUAUGUUCAUAAAUGUAGGAUGUUAUUGGUGUUUAACCCUCUAAGAAAAUUGUCAGAAAAGGAUAGAAAAAAUAUAACGGUAUACAAUAUCAAUACGAUAAUAUCUACAAUGAUGAUAUUGCCUUAAUUAUCAGAGGCAAGUUCAGGACUGACUGAGAAAGAUGUACCAGAAUGGGCUGUUCUAUGAUGACAUUGAAUUAAAAACAUCAGUUGAAUUAGUGGAGCCACAAUGGCAGAAACUUUCUUGUAUUAUUUGCAAGUUUUAUAAUGUUCAAAAAUUUAGAUAGUUCUGCAAAAAUAAGACGUACUAAAUUUUU